UGCCUGCAUUCCGUGUCCGGCUUUCGAUCCAUCAUGUUGCGUCCUAGCUCGCUGCAGGCAGUCGCCAUCGCCAUCGUCCUGAUCUCGGCAUCCGCUUCCGCCGAGGUGGUCAACUUCGAACCCUGUGCGGAUAGCGUGGACACCUGUACGAUCCAGCAGGUGAGAGUCUCGCCGUGUCCGGAGGCCCUCUCCAAUGCGGCUUGCAACAUACGCCGGAAGCACAACACCGAAAUGAGCUUCGACUUCACGCCCAACUUCGAUGCCGACACCCUGGUAGCCAGCUUGGGCUGGGCCAAGAGCGAGAACGUGGAGCUGCCCCUGCUCACCAUGGACAGCGCGGCCUGCAAGUACACACCCUGUCCCGUGAGAUCCGGAGUGAAGCAGACCUAUACCACCCAGGUGCCCAUCGAGGCCAAGUUCCCCCUGAGUCCUUAUAUCAUCCGUUGGGCUCUGAAGGAUCCGGUGUCCCAGAAGCGCUGCUGCUUCACCAUCGACAUCAAGGUGGUGCGCUGAUUCCUGCCAUCGCUGCAUGUGCGCUAAAUUAAAUAGUGAAAUAUAUCUUUUUUCCCAAAUAAAAUAAAUUACCGUGAUGUUUAAAUGAUGUGCAA